CUUCAUGAAAAGCUCGGCGUUGCUUCUUCUGAUCUCUCCCAACUCCCUCACACUCCAAUCUCUAAAUAGAAUCAUUUCGUGUCCUUAUUUCCAAUUAAUCUACAUUACAUCCACACAACGCCCCUCUCUUUUCCUUCCUUCUUUUUCCUCCAAAUCUUCGCCUUCCUACGAUACCAAAUUGUGGUUAUCAGAGGGGAGAAAGCAGAGAUGAAGGGGAUGAAAGGCAGGAUCCUGAAGAAGCUCAAGUCCAUCCCCCAUGUCGGAUACCUCAAACAAGGCCGAAUCCUCCACGUGAAUGCCUCCGAUGGGUUGCUCGAUGACUCCCCUCCUCCCAACCCCGGCCGGAUUCUCCGCAAUCUCCCGGUCACCAGAGAAGAAGACCCCGACUCCAAAAUCUCCACACCCUCCCAACCUGAAAUCAUCGACGUGGAUGAGCUCAUGAGAGAUCUCGAAGACGAGGAACCGGAGCUCAGCAGUGGAAAUAAAGAGAAUAUCAGACCGGUGUCGCCGCCUAAAUACCCGGCUUCGUGGAAGAAGAAACCAGAGAACUCCAUCCAGUCCAAAACCGAAAACUAUAAUUCCGAUCUCGACAUGCCCACCUUCCGACGGCCGGACCUCAAUUCCGACACCCUGUUCGACCCCGACCUUCUCGCUGCAUUCGAGCAGGCAGUGAUGGACCAUAUACAAAGCUAUGAGGAAUCUAGCAGCAGGGCCAGGGCACCAAAAGAAGAAGAAGAAGAAUCCCAUAUAGAUGAAGAGCCUCCAUCAAAAGUUCCUCGCAAAAGUGAGGACUACUUUAAUCCACUGAUGGAAUGCGAGGAGAGGUGCUGCCCUCCAGGAGGGAUGGGAGCUAUAGUUCUGUACACGACGACCCUCCGAGGAGUGAGGAAGACCUUCGAGGACUGCAACAGCGUCCGGUUUCUGCUUCGGAGCUUGAAACUGUUGUUCUUGGAGAGAGAUGUAUCGAUGCACAUGGAAUUCAGGGAGGAGCUUUGGAGAGUGUUAGGGGGCCGGACGAUCCCCCCGAGGCUCUUCAUAAAGGGGAGAUAUAUAGGAGGGGCUGAUGAGGUGCUGGGGCUUCAUGAGCAGGGGAAGCUGCUGCCUUUGGUGCAGGAUUUGCCGCUGGACCGGUCGGGUGGAGUGGCCUGCGAGGGGUGCGGUGGGGUGAGGUUCAUGAUGUGCUCCGAGUGUAGUGGCAGUCGCAAGCUUUAUCAUGAUGAGAAUGUGAUGCACAUCCAAUGCAGUCAUUGCAAUGAGAAUGGUUUGAUACUAUGCCCCAUUUGUUGCUGAACAUGCUGGGUUUUCUUGCCUUUGGAGAUCUCGCCAGAGAUUCUAAAUUCUUUUGAUGGUCAUUUUGCUGCAUCAUGUGUACUGUUCGUGGGUAUGUAUGUGCAAAGGUUUUCGAAUAUGUUUGAAAUGGUACGGCAAUUUUGCUUGAUCUACUUCCUCUCAAAAAUUUCGCUAGA